CCAAGAUGGCGGCCGACGGAGGCGGCGAUGAUGAGUUGUCCUCCGUUAAUAUCAACUUUUAUAAUGUCACUCUUAUUACAGUUGGAAUUGUGUUUGUUUUUUGCGCGGUAUGCUUGGUUGUGUUUCUUAUUCGAAAGUAUCGGGUGAAAGGAGACAAGUCAACCAGCUCAUCUGGACAAGCAAAGCCAAGGUUUAGAAAAAGAGACAAAAUGAUAUUCUAUGGAAAGAAGAUGCUGAGAAAGGUGCGGGACACAAGAGAUGACAUUUACCGCAAGAGCAGAAUAAAGGCACGACAAAAAGUCAUGUUGAAUUUUGCUAAGCAAGUUCUUCACUUACAAGAACAGGAGCCAUCACGUGAAGUGAAAGAACCCCCGCCGGCAUUUCUCGAAGCAGAUUGGAAGGAGUCCGAAGAGGCGGAACAAAGAUUACCCUCAGAGGUGGUUUACAUGUUGAAAAGUGUCAGGGUAUUUGGUCAUUUCGAGAAGCCGUUAUUUAUUGAACUUUGUAAACAUAUCGAGACAAAGUUUCUACCUGCAAAUACAGUUUUAUCAAGCGAGGGUGUGGCUGACAGCAAUAUUUAUGUGGUACAAAGUGGACAACUAGUUGUCUACAUCGUUGAAAAGGAUGGAACAAAGCUAGCGCUGAAGAACGUUACUCCUGGAAACAGUGUUUUUAGUAUGCUGGGAAUUUUAGAUGUGCUGACGGGAAUGUCGCCAACGUAUGAACACAAAGUGAGAGUUGUAGCAUCUGUUGAUUCCUAUGUCUUGAAGUUGCCAAGCAAAGCAUUUCAGACUGUAUUUGAUCAUUACCCAGAAUCCUUGGUGAGACUAGUACAGGUCAUUAUGCUUCGCUUGCAACAAGUCACGAUGAUGGCACUUCAUAACUUUCUUGGUUUAACACAAGAAUUGAUAAACUAUGAUCCAGAGGACAUGUCUAAAAUGUCGUCAAUUCAUUCAUUCUCAAAUGCUAAUAAACCAUCGACAGUUACGACUUCUGAAAAAGAAAAUACCAAAGACACUCCCUCAAAGAAUGGUCCAGCACAAGCUGGCAAAAAAGUUCCUCGCAGUGUCAGCGUUGUUGCUAAAGCUGGAAGUUCAUUGGCAAAGAGUGCUCCUGUACAGAUUCCUGAUUCAAUGAGACGCAGUUACUCACUGACCUUUUUACGAGAAAAAAUGAGCGAUGGAGAGAUUACUGACGAAACGAGUGACUUCGCGGCGGCUUGUGGGCGUGCACGUGCUUUUGCUGACGUGGCAUCCAGGCCAAAGUUUGACAUGGGCAGUUCAACGUCGCCCGAGCCCAGUCCCAAUGCGUUGGAUACGAGUAGAUUUGACUUCCCUAUCCAACAGAAAGAUUCUGACACUGACAAACAUAGACUGGAAAAAGGUGGUAGUUUUUAUGAAGACGAAGUCUUAAAAACAGCAAAGAAAGACAUUGCAGCCUUUCUUGGAUUAGGGGAAAAGGAUGAAAACCUACUUGAUGAUGUUUUGUGUUCUGCAGUUAUGCCAAAAGGCACAAUCCUCGUCACCCAGGGAGAAUUGGACUGCAGUGUGUACUUCCUUAUCAGUGGUUGUCUUCAAGUUUCUCAGAAAGAUAUGGACGCAACUGGGGAGAAUGUGUUGUAUGUCACCCAUCCUGGUGAAUUCGUGGGCAGUUUAUCCGUCAUAACUGGCGAACCGUCACUCUUUACUAUCAAAGCAGUCAAAUUUUGUCAGCUUGCUGUGUUGAGUAAAACAGAUAUUUACAGUAUCCUUCUUCAAAGACCUCGUGUCAUACUCAAUCUGAGUAGCACGCUAACGUCACGAUUGACACCGCUGGUCAGAAAUAUUGACUAUGCACUUGACUGGGUUCAUAUGGAGGCUGGGAGAGCGAUAUAUAGGCAAGGAGACGAGUCUGAUUGUCUUUAUAUUGUCCUCAAUGGUCGUCUGAGAUCUGUUGUUACUCAAAAUAAGAAGAAAGAACUAGUUGGUGAACAUGGUCGUGGAGAGCUGGUCGGUGUGGUGGAAGCAUUGACGCAGAAUCCACGAAUGGCAACUGUUCAUGCUGUACGUGAUACUGAAGUUGCUAUUCUUCCUGACGGUUUAUUGAAUGUAAUUAAACAUACAUACCCCCAGGUUGUCAGCCGUCUCAUUCAUUUGUUGGGAGAAAGAAUUCUCAGCCCUAUGAAGGCAAUGCAGCCAGAUCAUUCGGGUGACGCAAGUGAAGUGGGGACGAAUUUGGGAACAAUAGCCAUUGUUCAGGCUUCCGACGAUGUUCCAUUAAAUAAUUUUGCAUUUGAGCUUAGUCUGGCGCUCAACAGCAUAGGACCUACGUUGCUUCUUACAAGCUUUCUUGUGCAAAGUAAACUCGGGACAUCAGCGCUGGACAGUAUGCAUGAAUAUCGUCUAUCAAGUUGGUUGGGUCAACAAGAAGAUCUUCACCGUUUGGUAGUUUAUCAAGCAGAUCAUUAUAUGUCGGCAUGGACCAAGAGAUGUAUACGACAGGCUGAUUUAAUUCUUAUUGUUGCUUUGGGUGACAAAGAACCUCAUGUUGGCCAGCUGGAGAUGCAGAUGGAAAAUAUGCAGGUUCGAGCCCAGAAGGAGCUGGUGUUGUUGCAUCGAGCAUUGCAUAAGAAAAGAAUAACCAGAACUGUAGAAUGGUUGAACGCCAGAGGCUGGAUCUCCGCUCACCAUCACAUUCGCUGUCCAAGGAAAGUAUUGAGCAGGAAAUCCUUGGUAGAAAAGUACCUUCACAAUCCUGACAAUUACGAGAUUCCUGGUCGUCAUUCAGAUUUCGCUAGGCUUGCUCGUCGUCUGACAGGAACCUCGAUAGGAUUAGUACUUGGAGGAGGUGGAGCAAGAGGGAUAUCACAUGUAGGAAUAAUACAAGCUCUUCACGAACAAGGAAUACCAAUUGAUAUGGUGGCUGGUACUAGCAUUGGAGCAUUUGUGGGAGCUGUGUAUGCUACUGAGGCUGACCCAGACAAAACUGUAGCGAAAUGUAGAGAAUGGUCGAUGGGAAUGACAUCGACUUUUAAAAUGGUGUUGGAGCUGACGUAUCCAUUUACUUCGUUUUUCUCAGGGAAUGGUUUUAAUGCUAGUAUAAGAAGCGUUUUUGGAGAAAAACAAAUCGAGGAUUUAUUAAUACCAUACUUCAAUAUAACCACUGAUAUUACGUCAUCAUGUAUGCGAGUUCACUCGAAUGGCAGUUUAUGGCGCUACGUGAGAGCGAGCAUGUCCAUUUCCGGUGUACUCCCUCCCAUGUGUGACCCUAGUGAUGGCCAUCUUCUUGUCGAUGGCGCCUACGUCAAUAAUUUGCCAGCUGAUGUGAUGAAGUCAAAGGGAGCCAAUACUAUAAUUGCCGUUGACGUGGGCUCAGAGUAUCCAGCGGAGUUAACCAAUUAUGGUGAUCAUCUCUCGGGAUGGUGGUUGUUGUGGAAUAAGUGGAAUCCUUUCAGUGAGAAAAUUUAUAUUCCAAACAUGGCGGAGAUUCAAAGUCGCUUGGCGUACAUAUCAUGUAUUCGACAGUUGGAAGACUUGAAGGAAAACAAAUAUUGUGAAUAUCUCAGACCACCUAUAAACAGAUAUCACACGUUAGAAUUUGGCAAGUUCAAUGAAAUUUUGAAAAUAGGUUUUGAUUAUGGUCAAGAGAUAUUUCAGGAGUGGGCAAAAAACAAGAAAUCUGAUAUAUUUCCUGAUCUUGCCCCUGUUAGUUCUACAACUCGUCCUGAGCUUCACGAGAAACGCCCAAUCAGCAACGUAAAAUCGAUCUCGGACUUCGCAAGGCUUGUCUCGCGGGUCGAGAACCCGCACAACCCCCUUAAAUUCAUAACUGCAUUACCUGAGGGUUACGAGACCUCUGACGAGGAAGACGGCGGCGCGGUUAGUGAACCUCAUCGCACAGGAUCACUGGGGGACCAUGAGGGGCGUCUAGGCGGGGAUGACGGGGAACAUUUUGGGACGGCGUUUUCUAGUACGGACGAGGCGGAAUACGAGUCUGAUGAUUUGCAUAUUCGACGAAGAAACGGCAGUAAAAUUUUUCGAUUGAGUAGUUCGGAACUUCCUGAAUAAUUGUAAUUAUUAAAUAAAUGACAAACUACGGAUCAUAAUAGAGUAUAUAUAUUUUGAAAAAUUAUCAUAUUUCGAAACUGUGUGAUGUAUAUUUUAUAAUAAGAUCUUUUAUUACUGUGUCAAACAAGUUAGUGUAUAUGGCAGAAACACUAUUCAAAUACCUCAGUAAGCCAAUUCCCAAAUGCCUGGAUCUAGUAGCGCAAAUCCAUUGUUUGGAGAAGUAGGGUUUAUUAAAAUAGAGAUUUUAUAUUUUCGGUUGAGUGUGUACUUUUAAUCUCUCGUACUGUAUAGCUAUAUGCCUGCUAUAUGUCAUUUUUUAACCCUUCAAACAAUCCAAAAGUGCACUUCGAUCAUUUGGGAAAUGGCUAAUUGUCGGAUUGAAGCGCUCACUCUUUUGAGUCUCUACUGUUCUCGUUGUAAGUAGUUCACGUUAGAUCAAUAUUGGACCAUCAAAAAUGUAGGUUAUCCAAAUCAUGGGCCGGUUGUUCAAAAGCUGGUUAGCUUAACCCUGGGUGAAAGCAAAUCUUUACAUUAAUUUUUUUAGU